CAACCAACGUACGGGACCAAUCAGAUCCUUCAGUACCCGGAAAUGCUACCAAUUUCAAACUUUGGCGUCGUUGAAUAGCUCAAGGAGCUCACAUAAGGAGAUAAAAUGGAGGCCAGCCUGUCCAGACUACUUAUGGGACUCUCUGUAAAAAUCAGUCGCAGCGAUGGUCGAGUGCAUCUGGCAACGGUGAAGUCGGUGGAUGCUGUCAGGUCCACGGUUAUGGUUGAAUGGAAUGAAAGAAACAUCUGCAGAGGAAAGGAGUUUGAAGUGAAUGAGUUAUGUACACUCAAUCCAGAGCUUUUGGACCAUAUCAAUGCUGUCACCAACCACACUACAGACCUAUCCCCUUCUGCUCCAGACAAGAAGUAUGAGGGUCGACUGCGCUCAUCCAGGAUUCCUGCCCCGGCCCCCUCUUCUGUUCAAGCAGUCAUCAAAGCUGAGGAUACAGUCACUCGGACUCAGACCAGGCAGACAUGUAUGUUCAAGGCCCCGGCUCCUGUUCUAGCACCAGUCCCGACCCCUGAGUCUUCUCAGGCAAACGUGGAGACGGUCUGCCCUGAUCUCCCCUCUUCAUCUGUCCCCACAAGCUCUGCACUUCCUAAUCAGCAACGUAAAAAGAAUGAGGCAAAACCAGCACAAUCCCUGGCUUUUGCCCGUGAGGCAAUAAAGGAAAACAAUGAACCUGAGAAAAUGCCUCCUCCAUCUGCAGCCAAAGGCAGAAGGAAAUCUGUGGCUCUCCAAGAGCUAAACAAAGGCAGCAAAAGAUUGUCUUGUGUUGUAAAGCACACCGACAUGCAGGUCAAGAGAGGAAAGUUUGGAGAGGCUUCUCGGCCAAACCAGAAGUUCUAUGACAUGAUCCAAGACUUCAGAGAGACCUUGGAAGUAACCCCCUUGUCAACUACUGACCAUAUUGAACCUCACAGGAUUUGUGUGUGUGUUCGCAAGCGGCCUCUUAACAAACAAGAGAUUGCUAAAAAGGAGAUCGAUGUGGUGUCCAUACCUGGAAAAGGUGUUCUUCUGGUCCAUGAGCCAAAACAGAAGGUGGACCUCACCAAGUACUUGGACAACCAAGUCUUCCACUUUGACUACUCCUUUAAUGAGUCCUCCACCAACGACCUGGUCUACAAGUUCACAGCAAAACCUUUGGUGCAGUCCAUUUUCGAUGGUGGUAUGGCAACAUGUUUCGCCUAUGGCCAGACUGGGAGUGGGAAGACUCAUACAAUGGGAGGGGAUUUCACAGGAAGACAGCAGAACAGCGCUAAAGGAAUCUAUGCCUUGGCAGCCCAGGAUGUUUUCACCUAUCUGAACCACAGGAAGUAUGCCAACCUGGAUCUCUCUGCUUAUGUCAGCUUCUUUGAGAUUUACAAUGGAAAAGUGUAUGACCUGCUGAAUAAGAAGGCCAAGCUCCGAGUUCUGGAGGAUGACCGACAGCAGGUUCAGGUUGUGGGCCUGGAAGAGGUGUAUGUGUCCACAGCAGAGGAGGUCAUCAACAUUAUCCAGCUGGGCAGUGCGUGCAGAACAUCAGGCCAGACCUCUGCCAACGCCAACUCAUCCCGCUCUCAUGCCAUUCUUCAGAUUGUUCUGCGGCGCAACGACCGUGCCACAACGCUGCAUGGCAAAUUUUCACUGGUUGAUUUGGCUGGCAAUGAGCGCGGCACUGACGUCAGAAGCAAUGACCGCAGCACUUUAGUGGAGACUGCUGAGAUCAACCGCAGCCUGCUGGCUCUCAAGGAGUGUAUCCGUUCACUGGGGAUGAACAGCGAUCACAUUCCUUUCCGACUGUGCACUUUGACCAAAGUCCUCAGGGACUCCUUCAUGGGACAGAAGUCCAGGACCUGCAUGAUUGCUAUGGUGUCUCCAGGCAUGGCAUCAUGUGAAUACACGAUGAACACACUACGUUAUGCUGACAGAGUGAAGGGACUGAAGGCCAACACCAAGGCUAGUGGACCAGCUAAGGCACAAGAGCCUGUGAAUAGCUCCACAGAGGAGGAAUCUGUUGAGGACACCAGUGUAUUUGAUGCCAUAUCCCAAAUAGCUGAGCUGGAGGAGAAGGUUUAUGUACAGUUCCAGAGGGCCAAUGAACUCUUCAAAGAAAUGGGGCAAACGUCUUACAAUGUUGAGGCAGGACUUCCCGACCUGGUGGAUCAUGCAAAGAAUUUAUUGGACAGGGUACUGGCUUUGCAGACCGCUGUGGACCAAGAGAGAACGACAAGGCAAGGCUACUGAGAAGAUCCCACCCACCCACUUACAAAGUGUGUUUAUUGAAAACGUUUGUUUUGAAGCAACUAGAUUUUAAUGUUCAUGAAUGUUUUAUAUAAAUAAAAUGUAUAAUGACACUAUAUCAUUGAUAAUGUUUCAAGUCUUUUGAGGUGCCACGUAUGUAUUUUGUUG